GAAAGGUUUGUUGGAGGAUUUCCUGAAGAGGAACCACUAUAACCCUUAUUCCAAAUACCAUGACUUUGCCCAGACUGUAAACGAGCCAAUGGUCAACUACAUCGAUCUGUCCUACUUUGGCGUCAUCUCCAUUGGAACCCCACCCCAGUCCUUCAAGGUCAUCUUUGAUACUGGAUCUGCCAACCUCUGGGUGCCCUCUGUCUAUUGCAGCAGCCAACCCUGCACAAACCACAAGAAAUAUAACCCAUCUACUUCCUCUACCUACCGUGCUACCAACAAGUACAUCUCCAUCCAGUAUGGCACUGGCAGCAUGACUGGCUUCCUGGCUUACGACACAGUGAACGUGGCUGGCAUCAGUGACCCAAACCAGAUUUUCGCUCUGAGCACAACUGAGCCCAGCAGCUUCCUCUACUACGCCCAAUUCGAUGGCAUCCUGGGCCUGGCAUUCCCCUCCAUAGCCUCCGGGGAAGCCACCCCCGUGUUCGACAACAUGAUGAACCAGGGGCUGUUGUCUCAGAACCUGUUCUCCUUCUACUUAAGCCCCAAUAGCCAGUCCGGCAGUGUGGUGACCUUUGGUGGGAUUGACGAGUCCUACUUCACUGGAAACAUCAACUGGGUUCCUCUCACCUCUGAGACUUACUGGCAGAUCAAAGUCGACUACAUUCAGGUGAAUGGCCAGACUGUGGCUUGUGCCCAGAGCUGCCAGGCCAUCGUUGACACUGGCACCUCCCUCAUUGCCGGUCCCUCUGGCCCCAUAGCCACCAUCCAGAGUGCUGUUGGUGUCUCUCCCGGCAUCAGCUGCCAGAAUGUCCCCAGCAUGCCUGACGUUAUCAUUGGCAUCAACGGAGUUCAGUACACCCUGUCUUCUUCUGCCUACAUCCUGGAGAGAUAUGGUGGCCAGCAAUGUUCCAGUGGUUUCCAGGCUAUGAACCUCCCGACUAAUGCAGGAGAUCUUUGGAUCCUGGGCGAUGUUUUCAUGAGGGAGUACUAUUCUAUCUUUGAUAGAGGUAACAACCGAGUGGGGCUAGCCAAGGCAGUGCAGUUCCCUUAA